UUGAAUAACCAAUGGCGGAUGCUAGCAAAAAGAGGGACAUUGGAUGGAAUUAUGGCACUCAAGGAGCGACGAAAGAUUCGGUUAAUUGUAAAUUUUGUGGGAGUAUUUUUAAUGGUGGAAUAACUCGACACAAACAACAUUUAGUUGGUGGUUUCAAGAAUGUUAAACAAUAUACCGCUUGUCCGUCGGAGAUUAGAGAAGAAAUAAGGGCUUAUAUGCAAAACAAGAUCGCUAAUAAUCCAAAAUUUCAAAAAUCAAAACAAAAAGGAGGCUUUGAAAAAGGAGGAGGAAUUGAUGAAACAAAGAAAAUACUAAGAGAGCGUGCGUACCGAUUCCACCAAAAUGUACAAGUAUUUGAAAACACUAUUGAAAGAAUUGGGCCGGAAAAUGUUGUACAAGUUGUCACCGAUAAUGGUAGUGAGAAUGUUAAGGCGGGAAGUAGGAUGAUGGGUGCGUACCCACACAUUUAUUGGACUCCAUGUGCCGCUCAUUGCAUCAACUUGAUAUUUGGUGACAUAUUCAAACUUAAGCCAUAUGCUUCCGGUAAUAUCACUCUCAUAUCAACCUAUCAUUUAACUUUUUUUUAGUCAAUAAUUCAUUAGCUACUAAUUAAUAUAAUCUAAUCUUUCUGUAACAGUUUUUAAGAAGGCCAUUAGAAUCCAUUAUUACAUUAGUCAAAGGCCAUUGUUGUUAAACUUGAUGAGAAAAUUCACCAAACAAAGAAAUUUGGUGAAACCAACCAAGACAAGAUUUGCAACGACAUUCUUAAAUUUGAGAGCUAUGUACAUACAAAGAAAAAACUUGAGAACUUUAGUCCUCUCAACCGAAUGGAAUU